AUUGUAACACACAUUCUACGCCUAGCCUGGCUUUCUUGCUCUCCCUCAUCUCAUUGUUUCAGCGGAGGCCAAAUCUGAAGUCCUUUCCAGGGAGUGGCUCUGUUCAUCUUAUUCGCCAGCCAAAGUAGGAACAGCAUAAGAAGAGAGAGACACAUUCAGCAGCCAAAGGACUCGGUGGAAAGAGCAGAACACCAUAGACAAUAUGUCGCUCUUGGGACCCAAGGUGCUGCUGUUUCUUGCUGCAUUCAUCAUCACCUCUGACUGGAUACCCCUGGGGGUCAAUAGUCAACGAGGAGACGAUGUGACUCAAACGACUCCAGAAACAUUCACAGAAGAUCCUAAUCUGGUGAAUGAUCCCACUACAGAUGAAACAGUUUUGGCUGUUUUGGCUGAUAUUGCACCUUCCACAGAUGACUUGGCCUCCCUCAGUGAAAAAAAUACCACUGCAGAGUGCUGGGAUGAGAAAUUUACCUGCACAAGGCUCUACUCUGUGCAUCGGCCGGUUAAACAAUGCAUUCAUCAGUUAUGCUUCACCAGUUCACGACGUAUGUACAUCGUCAACAAGGAGAUCUGCUCUCGUCUUGUCUGUAAGGAACACGAAGCUAUGAAAGAUGAGCUUUGCCGUCAGAUGGCUGGUCUGCCCCCUAGGAGACUCCGUCGCUCCAAUUACUUCCGACUUCCUCCCUGUGAAAAUGUGGAUUUGCAGAGACCCAAUGGUCUGUGAUCAUUGAAAAAGAGGAAAGAAGAAAAAAAUAUAUGGGUGAGAGGAAGGAGGAUCUCCUUCUUCUCCAACCAUUGACAGCUAACCCUUAGACAGUAUUUCUUAAACCAAUCCUUUUGCAAUGUCCAGCUUUUACCCCUACUCUCUACUUUUUCACCCAAACUGAUAACAUUUAUCUCAUUUUCUAGCACUUAAAAUACAAAGUCUAUAUUAUUGCAUAAUUUUGCUGCUUCUCAAUAUCAUAGACACAGUGAAUAGAUGAUGACUAUAUGGCUUAUAUACAAACAUUCUAUGUACAAUUUCAAGGGAGACUAAACUUUAGGCUAAUAAUCUUUACUAUUGAAUCUGUCUGAUAUAGAUCUUAGGGUUGAAGAAGCUAUCUUUGUCUAUUUGGGCUAACCAUAGAAUUUCAUUUAUUUUCCUCACAAUAUUUUCCUAGACCAACUCCCCAUCAUUCACAUGUUCCUCUUUACUCUUACUUUAACUAUUUUGCUGGCUUGCCCGAAAAUUUGCCUGGCAAGUCUUCCUUAUAAGACACAUCAUGGUAAGUUUUGUAGUCCUGUAAGAUUCUGCAACACAGUCAAGAAUUAUACAAUCCUACUAGCAAUAUAUAAGGACCCAAAAUGUCUUCUGCUAAGCUCAGAGGCUGGGGCUAAAGCAUGAGGACUAUGCCAGCUAUAGAGCUUGGACUCAUAAUUUGCUAUCCAAUUUUUCAUGCAGUUGUCUAGUCGGGAAGUAAGGUUGGAAAAUAAGUCUCAUUUACUGAUUCGUUUAUGGGUAGUACUGGGAUGAACCCACCACCACAAAGCAAAUUAGACAACUUAAUGUGAAAUCAUACCAUUGGUUGACGUUUCCUUGAGUUGCUACUUCGUUCAUCUUCACAACUUAACAAGUGCACGGUAGAAUUACUGUGCAAGUGGCUUUUGGAUAUCCUGAUUGGGGCCUAAGAAGGGCAUUCAGACUUGAAUUUUAAUAGGCAGACAGAAAGUUUGCCUAAUAGUUAAUACAAAAGAGGAAAGAAACACAAUAUUCAGACAACCCACAUUCUUAUCCUGGCUCUAGCAGUAACCACGUAGCCUUGGAUAAGCCAUUUUCCUUCAUUAGGUCCUGGUUUAAUUUCCUCAUCUUUAAAAUGAGAAGGUUAAAUUUAUCUUAGUACUGCUGGGCGCAGUGGCUCAUGCCUGUAAUCCGAGCACUUUGGGGAGCUGAGGCGGGUGGAUCACUUGAGGUCAGAAAUUUGAGACGAGCCUGGCCAACAUGGUGAAACCCCAUCUCUACUAAAAAUACAAAAAUUAGCUGGGCGUGGUGGCACGUGCCUGUAAUCCCAGCUACUCGGGAGGCUGAGGCAGGAGAAUCAAUUGAACCUGGGAGGCAGAGGUUGCAGUGAGCCGAGAUGGCGCCAUUGCACUCCAGCCUGGGUGACAAAAGCAAAAGUCCAUCUUAAGAAAUAUAUAUAUAUAUUAUAUAUAUUCUUAGUUCUAAGAUUUCCUUUAAUUCUAUGAUUCUCUGGAUUUAAAUGCAUUAUUCAUAUUUCUUGAAGCUUAGAUACAGUCUAAUUCACAGCAACCAUAUCUGCUUUAUCCUAGGUGAGGAUAGCAGUCCACAAUGGAAUAGAAGAAAAUCCCAUUAUAACAAAUGACAAAUUAUAUAUCAUGAAUCCUUCUGUCUGACUAACUCAAUAACUUUCUAUAAAAGCCAAUGGAAUUCAAAUAGGAGCUAGGAGACAACAAGUUAUAUAUGACAGUGGAGGUUGUAUUCCUUUUAUAUUGCUGAGAAAACUAGUUAAAUGAUCAGAUUCUUGCUGUUAAGAAACAAUUUAGUUUAAUGGGAUCUGUACAACUGAUUUAAAAAAAAUGCUACAAAAAGCCCCAAAGCAUAUAAUGUCUACUCCUUACAGUCUCUAGAAUUAAGUGUACUCAUUUAGACGACAUAUUCAAUGCAUAUUUUAGCCACUUUAGAGAAACCUCAUAGGCACAGAGUUUCCAAGAUUAAUUUUAAGAAUAUCUUCACGAACUUGACCCUCCUACUCCACAUUGCAACAUUUCCAUCAGACAGCAUUUCAAUUCCAGUAUUAUGUAUAUUGCAAAUUAAACAUUUUAAAAUAUUUUUUUUCCAAUUUAUUUCUCAAAAUAAAAUGUCUUUUGUUCUGGUU